AUGCCCGUGCAAGACCCGGUGCACAGCAGCGUGCUGGAAAGUCUGAGGAGACACAAGCUCUACAGGGAGGAGCUCAACCUGACGUCGCCGGCAGCGCUGCUGCCGCUGCGGCCGGAGGCCAGCUGGCUCCAGUUCCACCUGGGAAUCACCCGGGACGGGCUCUACCCACGCUCCAGCCCGGCCGUCAGCCGGCUCCUCCGGGACAUGCAGGACUCCACCACCAUCAGCGCCGACUACAGCCAGGAUGAGAAAGCGCUGCUGGGAGCCUGCGACUGCAGCCAGAUCGUGAAGCCCAGCGGUGUGCACCUGAAGCUGGUCCUCAGGUUCCAGGAUUUUGGGAAAGCCAUGUUCAAGCCCAUGAGGCAGAAACGCGAAGAAGAGACUCCCGAGGACUUUUUCUACUUCGUUGACUUCCAGCGGCACAACGCGGAGAUCGCCGCCUUCCACCUGGACAGGAUCCUGGAUUUCCGGAGGGUCCCACCCACGGUUGGGAGGUUGAUCAAUGUCACUAAGGAGAUCCUGGAGGUCACCAAGAACGAGAUUCUGCAGAGUGUCUUCUUCAUCGCACCAGCCAGCAACGUCUGCUUCUUCGCCAAGUGCCCGUACAUGUGCAAGACGGAGUACGCAGUGUGCGGGAACCCUCACCUCCUGGAAGGGUCCCUCUCCGCCUUCCUGCCAUCCCUCAACCUGGCGCCACGACUUUCCAUCCCAAACCCCUGGAUCCGAUCCUACUCGUUUGAUGGAAAAGAGGAGUGGGAAGUGAACCCGCUCUACUGCAACACGGUGAGGGAGAUCUACCCCUACAGCAACGGCAACCGGCUGCUUAACAUCGUUGACAUGGCCAUAUUUGACUUCCUAAUAGGGAACAUGGACCGUCACCACUACGAGAUGUUCACCAAGUUUGGGGACGACGGCUUCCUCCUCCACCUGGACAACGCCAGAGGGUUCGGGCGGCAUUCCCAUGAUGAAACUUCCAUCCUGGCCCCACUCUCCCAGUGCUGCAUAAUAAAGAGAACGACGUUAUUACGACUCCAGCUCUUGGCUGAGCCCGAAUAUCGGCUCAGCGAUGUGAUGAGGGAAUCGCUGCUGCAGGACCGCCUGGCGCCCAUCCUCACCGAGCCCCAUCUCUUGGCUUUGGACAGACGGUUACAGCUCAUCCUGCGAGCUGUGAGGAAAUGUAUAGAGACCUACGGAGAAGCCAAGGUGGUGGCCAACGACACCACGCAGCCCCAGGCUCCUGCGUCCGCCAGAGUGAAGCUGAGCACUUAA